CGACAAGUUAUCCGUCAUUGAUCUCACCACCCAACUCUUCAAAUCCCUCUCUCUCUCUCUUUUAUCGAGCACCAUAGAACGCCAUUUUUAAACAACAAAGAGAGCUAUCAAAUCCAUUUCUCAUCUCUAAGGCGGAAAAGAGCACCUCUUCACUCUAUCUCAACGUAUAAUCAAGCUUUCGUCUCUUCAAAAUGGUCAAAGAAGACAGUGAGGAGGAAACGAGAGUUGUCCUUACAAAGCCUUUCUCAUUAGAAGGCGGCUCAGAUGUUUAUCAGGCUCCUAAUCUUGUUCGUCGAAUUUUAAGCCUGUUUGGAAAUGUACGGCCAGGAUCAGACCUCAACGGCUUUCAGCUACCACCUAUUUUCAACCUUCCAAAAUCACACCUUCAAUGUUAUGGUGAAUCUGUAUAUUCUGUGGAUAAAGAUUUGUUGCGAGAGUGCAAUAAUGCACGAAACCCAGUUGAUAGAUUCAUAGCAGUAAUAGGAUGGAGCAUUUCUGCUUGUGCUCGUCCUGGUGUUUUUGGUCUUGCUCCUUACAACUCUGUUCUCGGAGAGACUCACCAUGUCUCCAGAGGAAGUCUCAAUGUUCUACUCGAACAGGUUUCACAUCACCCACCAGUUUCUGGUCUUCAUGCAACGGAUGAGACAGAAAAUAUAGAGAUCAUAUGGUGCCAAUAUCCAAUUCCAAAAUUCUAUGGGACUAAAGUGGAAGCUGAGGUGUGUGGAAAAAGGGAACUAAAGCUGUUGAAUCAUGGAGAAACUUAUGUGAUGAAUUCACCAAACCUGUUGAUCAGACUUCUUCCACCUGGUCUGGAUUGGGUUGGUAAGGUUAAGGUCCAAUGCCAAGAGACUGGCCUUGAAGCUGAGUUAAUUUAUUCCACCAAUUCUUUCUUAGGGCGAAGGGGGGCCCAUUCAAUUAAAGGAAGAAUAUACCAAUCAUCCUCUUGCAACACUCUUUAUGAGGUUAAUGGAUAUUGGAACAGCAUUGUAACAGUUAAGGACAUCAAUGAUGGGAAAGAGACGGCCAUAUACAAUGCAAAAGAAGCGAUCUCAGUGCUUAAAACCCCAAUAGUUAAGGAUCCUCAGGGAAUUUUGGCCAGUGAAUCAGCUGUAGUAUGGAGUAUGGUUAGUGAAAGCAUCCUAAACAAAGACUGGGAGAAAGCAAGACAAGCAAAGAAAGCUAUUGAAGAAAAACAGAGGGAGCUUGUGAGACAGAGAAACUCAAGAGGAGAAAAUUGGGUUCCUAAACAUUUCAAUUUGUCAUAUAGCAAGGAAGCUGGAUGGGAUUGCUUACCUACUCAAAAAUGGGUUUCACCAGCUCCCAUUAUUGUCCCCUUUUGAUACCAUAUAAUACAUAAUCAAUAUUAUAAUGUAUCUAUUUAUCAUACUUUAAUAUUAACAUAUUCCAUCAAGUGAUCAAAGUUUGUUUCACAUUUGAUUAAAAUCAUAAAUAUGCUCUCUUUUAAAUCC